CGCCCUCUGCGCAGCUCACCUCCACACCGGUCCGGCUUCACCAACAAAGCACGCCACGGAUUGCCACACAUCCCCGCGACAUGUAACUUAGACUGGACUGGAAAUAAAAGGACACAAAAGUCUACACUCCAGGGAGCGACUUGAGCCAAAGGCUGUUUUAGAUCAGUUUGACCACCCGCAAAGUCUGCACAAAAGCGCACAGACGCGACACGGGGAAACAUCUGCCAAAGGUUAGUUUUUGUUUCGCGGCAGCCAGCGGAUAGUAUAUCAUCCCUACGUGUUUUUCUUUGGAUUUUACGUCCGAUCCGGUGACCCCAGCAGGCUUGACUAAGAGAGGACAGGUGGUACGGUGGACAGAGCAGUAGGAUGGCAGGAGACAACGACGUAUGAAUGCUUCUUAAAACUUCUUUUGAAAGCAGGGACUAUUUUCCAAUCAUGUCCAACAACUCUAACAUCCCAGUAGAGACACCUGAAGACAUAUGCCAUGACCAGCACCAUGUUAGCUCCAAGAGGAGCCCGGCCAUCAGCGCUGCCAUGUUCGCGCUCGGCAUCUUUGGCAACGUGGCUGCUCUUGUGAUACUGGAAAUCCGCCGACGCAGAGACAUGAAAGCUGGGGGCACGCGGAUGUAUGGACUGUUUCACGUGCUGAUCAGAAUACUAGUGGUUACAGACCUAUCUGGGACUUGCAUGACCAGCCCGGUGGUGCAGUUGUCAUAUUCGUUGAACAUUACCUUGGUGGGGCUGAUGCCUGAUUCUAGGUUUUUGUGCGAAUAUUUUGGCUUCACUAUGACAUUCUUCAGCCUGACCACCUUGUGUAUCCUCUUCACCAUGGCAGCGGAGAGGUGUUUGGCCAUCGGGUACCCCUACAAAUACAGUCAGUAUAUUACCAAAAAGCGUGGCUGCAUCAUAAUUGGAUGUUUUUUUGUAGCAUCUAUACUUUUCUGUGUCCUUCCUUUCAUUUUCAAUUUCGGUGACUUUGUACAAUACUGCCCUGGUACAUGGUGCUUCUUUGACAUGAACUCAACUCAAAAGAGGCACCGGAUCUAUGCCACAGUGUAUGCCACAAUAAUGCUAGGGCUGGUGCUGGCCAUUGUGGUUUGCAACCUAUUUGUGGUGUACCAGCUGUUUAAGAUGUACCAGCGUCGCAAGAGGAACGGCGGCUCUGCGAUGGCAAACGUAAGACCCAGAAGUGACCGCAGGGUGACGUCCAUGGCCGAGGAGGUGGAGUAUCUCAUUCAGCUGGUCUUCAUGACCAUCAUCUUCAUCAUUUGCACAGUACCCCUAGUGGUCCGGGUGUACAUCAACUCAGCAGGGGAUGUAAAUCGUAAGGAAUCCCAUGGUCUGGACCUGAUUGCCCUUCGCUUCAUCUCUGUCAACUCCAUCAUUGACCCCUGGGUCUUCAUCCUUCUGUCCCGCAAUGUGGUGCACUGCUUCUGGUCCUCACUUUGCAAACUAACCCUGGGAGGCUCCAGGGGUUCACUGUUUAAAUUGUCUGUGGCUCCUAAAGAGAACACUCCUGCUCAACAAGAUCUAACUCAGCCAACAGUGGAAUGCACUGAGCCUGUUACAACCCAGACUGUGUGCAAUCUAUGACCUUAGCACCACCUAACUGUUUAUAGUAUUUAUUGGACUUCUUGAAAGCUUGAGGAUUGGAUAGCAUGUUACACCCACAUGUGUUUCAUGUGUCACAACAUCUCUCCCAUGUAGGUGGUGUUUAUUUUUGGUGUUUUUAUGAAAAAACACCGACCUUUAGUAUCAGCUGAUGAUUGUCUCUUGCCAUAUAGUGGUGGUUUCCUUUCAUCUCUAGCAUUUCAACAAGUACAUGCAUGUCAAUGCAUACUGACUUUAUGGCCAAACACGUUGCCUCACUUGCUGCUUGUAUUUUAUGAUAAUGAACAAAGACCUGAAGCUAAAGAGUGCUAAUAGGAGAAAGACACUCCUUUUUGCCUCUGAGUUUAAAUGGACAAACCGACUGCAAACACUUGCUUUGUACGGCAACAAGAGAAAGAUAUAAGCUGACCAGUUGGAGAAUUUUGCUCAAGGAGACGUGACAGAAGAUAGCAUACCCUUCAACCUUGAUGGAAAUGUGUCCCACCCAGUUCAAACAAUGAAGGUGAAGGUUUUGCUCAUGGCUGACUGAAGGCCUUGCUGAUCUGAUGUUGGUACCUAAAAGAGCCUGGGAAUGAUGAGACAUAUGAAACAUCUCAUCACAGAGAGUCAUCAUGUAAAGGAAAAAAAAACCCUCAUGGAAAUCAGUUUGAAGAAAGCAAAACUGUAUUUUCAUGUCGAACAAUCAAACACAAUUACAACAGCAGGUACCAUAUGGCUAAAGUAAGAACAGGUGAAUAAGAUUUUUACUGGUCAUUUUACUAUAAAGAAAUGUUUUCCGAGUCAGAUACAGAUGCACAAGUGGCUUAUAAAUUUGAUUCACAUCCCCACAAAAUAGCUGGUUUGCAUACUUCUGUGUUAUGAAAUAACAGGAAUCUGGUGCAGCCAACCUGCUCUGACGGGUCAGCUCCACAUGUGGAGCACUGAUGGUCCAGUGAUGACACGUGACUGCUAGCUAGAUCAUAUAUCCUCUGUGGUGGAAAUAAUAAUUGUGUAAUUGGAGGCAAAAUUUGCACGUCUCUUAGUGCAGAAUGAGGUGUGUAUGUAUUGCAUUCUGGACUCAAAAACUUAGAUCAAUGACAAAUUGGCUUUUUGUCAUAUUUGGGUUUGAUGUUGGGGUAAGGGACAUAUUACCCAGCAUAUGACAAAAAGACAUCAAAUUUGAUUUCUUGGGGAUUUCAAGGUUAAAAAUACUUCAGAUCGGCAUUGACUGUUCUGUGAACUCUGUGGUCAUGGCUCAUCAUCUUAUCGACUCUGGCCCCUCUAAACCUUUGACUUCUUUGCCCUUUGGUAUGCUUUCCCCUUGGCCACUCCUGCCAAAAUCCCACUGAAAAAGGUCAAAAGGCAAGAAGCCCACACUGAAUUUUGGUAAACAAGAUAUUCAGAAGGCUUUACUCAGGGUCGUGAAGGGAAAGACAAAUACCAAAAUAGAAGAGGAGAAGGGAAAGACAUAAAAAAAGACAUUUCAAUUCUAUUGACAUGUGCAGUGUAGCAUUUAAUAUGAUAUAAGGACAAACAACAGCAGCUGAGUUCAUAUGUAUUCUUCCCAGUAUGGAUCUAACUGUAAAGUUUGUGACUCUUGAAGUAGGAAGUAGUUGUUGGUACUUAAAGAGCAGAUACUACCUCCUGUCACAACAAAGUUCACACUGGGUCUGUGUUGGACAUCAAGUGCAUGUAAUGCUCUUUUUUUCCCUGAUACUGUCGCUGAAAUCAGUGGUUUGGUGAUCAGGAGUGGUAAGAGUGAAUUUGAGUAAGACAUUAAAGUCCCAACUGGUUCCACUUUAAAAAAUGAAUGUACAAUUAAAUAGUUUUAUUCAUUUAGUUGCUAAUUAGGUUGUAAAUACAUCAUAGGCUAUUAAGUUGUAACGCAGUUUUGAUCAUGUGAGUAAAGUAGAUCUGCAGGGGCUCACUAUUUGACCAGUACUAUCGAUCACCACCAUUUUUAUUGAUUUAUUUUAUUAAAUCCCAACUCUUGAUAAUUGCUUAGCAAACUUUAUCUUAUCCAUUUACCAGUCAACAUGUUGAAACAUUUUUUGUUACAACUGUAAAAAGAGAGCCUUGUUGUGAAGGAAAAAACACAAUCUUGUGCCAUAGUGAAUGAACUGACUUUCUGAUUUUGAAUGUUAUAUUGGACUGUUAAUGUAUGUUAACGGUGGUUCAUCUUCAUCAGAUGAAGCUGAUGCUGCUGUUGGAGCCAAAAUACUCUCAGUAGCCAAUGAAAUUUGAGGCGCAAGUAAAAACAAAGUACUGUAAAAAUAAUGUGGGCACACAGUUUGGCAAAGAAGAGGCCACUGUUGCCCUUUUUCUAAUGUGUUAUAAUGGCUUAGUGAUGAUUUAUAAAUUGUCUACAGCCUAAUUUGUGACUCUUUUGUAUGGGCAGUGCUAUAGUAAAGUGGAGAUUCAGAGUAAAAUGUGUGUACCUUAUAAAAUGGACCAUGUUUUGCUAUAAUGAAGAAAUCUACGGCAGUGCAGCAUAGAACAGCCUUAUUUCACAAUGGAACUUCUAACGGUGCAUUUUUUAGGACAGGUCUUUCCAGAGAGCUGUUGACAUUGGGCGAGAGACACUUAGCAGGUAGUGUGUUGUUUUACGAUGCACACUGAUACACACAAGACAAAGCUAAAUUACACAGGGCUAUGAGGAACCACUACGGUGCCUCUUCCUUUUAAAUAAAUCAAAUCCGAGCAGGACUCAACUCUGUGGUAAGAAAAAAAAAAGCUACAACAGAUUUUAUGGAGUAUUUAGCUGUAAAUCUUUCAGCACCUAAAAAUCCGGAGGGACUUGUAGAGACCCAGACUCAGCUAAAAAAGUUUUGCCAGGAAAUGUGUGAAAAAGGAGAAGUUCUCAGCUAUUCUUCAUUAAUUUUGCUGUCAAAAGAAAAACAAAAUGUAAAACAAGUCAGAGAAAAA